UGAUGACGCCAUCCUCCAGUCUACGGAAAUCCGGUUUGGUUUAGCGAGUUAGCAAAUUAUCGCGGUUUACGCUAAUUUCUCUUAUAGAAACGUUAUCAAAAUGGGGAAAUAAUCACGUAAUAUAAUCGUCUAAGGUAUAGUGUAACUUCUGCUAAACAUGGAGGCAAACGGCGGCGAUGCUGAAAUAAAAUCCGGAGCCGAUGAGAAUCUGAAGAACCAGGAUCUGAGUUUUAUUCAGUCAACUGCUGCCACUUUACUUUCUCAGUACGGAUGGCUCUUUUUGGUCCUGUGUGUGGGAGUUUACUUCCUCAUCCAGUAUCUCAGUAAGAAGAGCCCCAGCCUGAACCUGAGCUCAGCUUCAGCAGUCAGUCAAGACCCAUCGUCCGUGGUAAUGCGUCAGGAGGCUCUGGAGGCGUCACGCCGAAGAAUGCAAGAAGAACUGGAUGCCAGAGCAGCAGAGUUUAAAGAGAAACAGCAGAGACUCGAGGAGGAGAAAAGACGACAAAAAAUCGAGCAAUGGGAGAGCAUGAAGGAAGGGAAGAGUUAUAAAGGAAACAAUCGACUUCAUCGGAACAACGAUGAGGUGUCCACUAACACCACAGCCCUGAAGCCCAAGACGGACAAAAAGUCUCUUCGGAGCAGCGGUUAUAAUCCAUUGACUGGCGAUGGAGGAGGGACCUGCUCAUGGAGACCAGGCAGAAGAGGACCUUCAGCUGGAGGAUGAGGUUAAAGGAGGUCAGAGGGACGUAACUCUGGUCACCUCUGACCCUUAAUGCAUAAGAACACCACAAGUAACUGUUUGAAACUGUCUGCACUCUUCAUGGAUCAGUAAUAUUGAUUAAUAUGAAUCUUUAAUUUUACAAAAGGCGUUUAAAUUAUAUAUCAUUUCUCUCAGACCUUCUAAAUGUUUUCAAAUCUCAGUUACAUCAAAAAGGAUUGAUGAAGAAGGGUGCAGUUUUAAGAUGCAUUCUCUUGACGUAGUCUGGCUUGCAGUAAUCAUCAGACUUUUUUGCGUACAUGCAUAGCGGCUCAUUGUAGAAUCUAUCCAUGUGAGUAAGUGACGGUUUCUAAUGACGCCUCCUCAUCAAAGGUACUCAGUCCAGUGGGGUUGGCUGAUGAGUUUCAGUUUGUUUGUGUUUGUGUGUGUGUGUGUGUGUGUGUGUGUGUGUGUGUGUGUGUGUGUGUGUGUGUGUGUGAACCCAAAUACAUCAAAACAUUAAAAUAUUGUUCUGUAAAUCAAACAUUUGGACACACUAGAUUCAAUAUGUAUUAAGACAUUUGUAUUAAUAAUUCAUUUGAAUGUAGUGCUUUUUCUUGUUCACUGCACAAUCCCAUGUCAUUUUGUAGUAAUAAUGUCUUCAUUCAUAUUUUACUUUAGGCGUGACUAGUCCUCAAAGAAAACCCUUCCUUCCGUUAUCAGUCGUCUCCAAACGUUUUUGACUGGUACUAUAUUUCCAUUGGCUAAAAUCUAUUUUUUUGAACCUGCAAAAUGGUUCUGUUAAGCACGUGGCCUCAUAGAAGGACUAAAUCUUGUAAUUGUGAGUGCAACAUUUGUAAACUACCAUCAAAUGUCUUUGUUGUUCUUGUAAACUUUUCAUGAUUAAAAAAUGCUUUACUGCAA